AGAGUGUAUUGCCUAGAAAUCCUAACGGAACACCCCCUCCUGUAACGCGUUACAUUGAAAAUCAAUGCUGAUGUAGAAGAGAAAGCAGUAGAGGGGGUGGGCGCUCAGCGACAGCAGAGCCAGCAGUAGAAGGACCAGCAAUCUGUGCAGCAGCACCUUCUGAAUAAACACACACAGCCAUAAAAUGUAAGACGUAAUGGAGUAUUAUCAGGCUGAAAAAAGCAAAGGUUUUGUCAAAAUGGAUUUGAUAAGGGGCAAAACAUUCAUAAAAAGCUACGCACAGAAUCCUCCGGAAAACGUGCCCUCGAUUUGUUCUAAAGUGAAAAGGAAUGUCAAUGCCAAGGCAGAUGUUGGUGAAUGUGUUAUUAAAAAGAAUGAACUCAGCACACAAAAAACAUCGAAAAAAGCAUUUAUGAAUGGUGAAGAGUAUAGUCGCCGUAGAGGUAUUACAAAAAGCAAAACCCAUGAUUGUGUCAGUAUAGAACACACAUUGGAGGGAAAUUCUACUGGAAAUGGAAAAAGCAGACUUUCUAGUAGUAUCAGCUUCCCACAGGUUGAAAGAAAAGAGAAUGAUUCCUACAUUAUCGGUCAAUCUGCCUAUAGACAACCUAUGAUUGAUUACCGAAACUUCGUGCCUCAGAUGCCUUUUGUCCCCUCAGUAGCUAAAUCUCUACCAAAAAAGAGAAUUUCUCUGAAGAGAUCAAAAAGAGGUUUACGAGAUAUAUUUAAUUUGAAGAAAAAUAAACAGGAAGAUAUCAUAUCCAGAAAUGAAAGGUUAGAGCCACUUAUAUUUGAGAUGAAGGCGGGAAGAAAAGUUGGAAAACAGCAUCUACAAAGUGGUGUAGAGAUGGACUCUGAUGAGCUUUUGACUGUCGAGUUAUCAGACAAUGAAAUGCCCGUGGACGCAGUCGAGGCAUGCCACAGGUUAUGUGAAGAUGUGGCUUCCCUGAAAAGCUUUGAUUCUCUUACUGGCUGCGGGGAAAUAUUUGCAGACGAAAGUUCUGCUUACAUUGACUUUGAGAAUGGCAAAGAUGGGCCAAAAGUAAUGUUUAUUACCAAAACAAGUCCUUUGGCUGUUAAUUUCCAAGGAGGGGUAGAGAAAUUAGCGUCCCCUGCUAAAUCUGAAACAAUAGACUUUUCACGGCUUUGUCGACAGACUUGCACUUCUGCCGGAAGCUUGCGUCCAAAUUCCCUUAUUGAUACCAAAUUACUGCCAAAUUCCAAUUUUGUGAACUCAAAGGAAAAUAAUGGUAACAUUUCAGUAGACCAGGUGUCUAACUCAACUUAUAAUGAUAUGGUGUCUUCAAGUGAGAAUGUCACUGAUGCAGGAUCCCCCAUAUCAACAAGUGAUGAAGGAUAUUAUGAUUCCUUCUCUCCUGGGACUGAUGAUGAUAAAAAGGAGAUUGAAAAUACUACAUAUUUCCCACAAAAUAGUUACAGCGGUGAUGCACUUUAUGACUUAUUUUAUGAUUCUAAAGCGACAAAGCUAAGUACUGCCUUAGAUAAUGAGAUGCCUCCAUUAUCAGAACCCAAUACCGACAAUCCUACGUCAGUUUAUAGUUUUUGUGUAGAGUCUGAGGAAGAGCUGGCAUCCCAACCAGACAAUGAUCUUGUUGGAGACAGUAUAGUUCAAAGUUCAUGGAAAGGCAGGGAAUGUUUUUUAAAGCUCUGUGAUACUGAGUUGACUUUAACAAUGGGUUUGGUGAAUUGGUUAAAAAGGACAGGCGAGGUUAGUGAACAUCAAGUAACAAGCGAAAAUGUCUCUAAUAAUCAGAAUGAAGCUCCAGUAAAAUCAAUUGUAGAGGAUAGUACUAAAUCCUUAUCAGUUUGCAACAGAACAGUUAAUACACGGGAAGAUACACAAUCGGUAGCAGAGACACAAGUCUGUAAAAGAGAAGGGCAUGGCAAUAUUUAUGUAGCUAAUGAUUCUGAACAUCUCCAGAGAGAUAUUAUUUCUGUUCUACAAACCCAAGGGCCAUCAAUAAAUGUAGAGGAGCCAGUCUCUAAGAACAUUUCAGAGAAUCAAGUUUCACUGCUAAACACUUUACCAGGUGAAGGAAAAGACACCCAAGAUUUGAGCAAUCCACAGGUUGACUUGUUGACUACUAUGGGUUACAUGCAUUUAUUAACCAGUAAAGAUAUACUUUCCUGUUUUAAAAAGGACAACCAGAAAACAUUUCAUUGUCUUGACCUUCAGUAUCUAACAGGCUGUGGAUCUCCAUCAUUGUGGGUAACUGAUAAGAAGAUGGUCCAGAUAAUGGAACAGUGUGCAACCCAGGUUGCAUCAAUGCACAUAAACCAUGAAGUCAAAAUCUGCAAUUCUGGAGAGACUGUGAUAUUUUUUAAAAGUCCGAACAAGUUUAAAGAACAAUUAAAUAAUGUGGAAGGCCUAACACAAGAUUCCAGUGCCCAUUUCCAUGCUGGAUCUUCUAAAAACAAAACGGAUGCCUAUCAGUCAAUUACAGGAACAGGUUAUAUUGGGAAACAUGCUGCAGUUGAGUUCAUGCCCUGCUGCAAACUUCACUUGAGCACUCUCAAGCUUUGGAGAAUUAACGGAAUUCCAUGUGAGUUGAGGGUUGGCUUUGUGUAA